UAACCGUCGCCUUGGAGGAGGAGGAGAGAGAGAGAGUGGAAGCCUCCGGUCUCCGGAAGCGUGGACACACGGGGUUACCGGCUGCUGUCACCAUCUGCUGUUAACGCUGCGUCAGGAUGUGGGUCGAGGAAAAGGCCAAACCGGAGUCGAACCGGAGAACGGUCGGCAUGCGCCAGCAUUUUGUUAAUGGUCUUGUCUACUGCACUGGAGACAUGGUCCACUUCAGCCAGUACAUGGAGGGUACGGUUAUGUCUUUCUUCUUCGUCUCUUUAUAGCCAGUCAAAUGGUGUGGUGGUCCAAUUCAGCAAGUAGGAGAACAAGGCCUUCAUUUUCCAGCUGGUUGAGUGGAGCAUGCGGGGUGUAGCCAGGGUCAUCCUGGCCAACAACCCCUUGAGUGGUGUUCUGAUCCUGGGAGCACUGGUCUGGGCGUCCCCCUGGCAGGCUCUACUGGGGACCCUGGGUCUACUGACCUCUACGCUCACUGCUGUUAUCAUAGGACAGGACAGUGAGGAGGUAUCUGGAGGUCUCCAUGGGUUCAAUGGUAUGCUGGUGUCUCUGUUGAUGGGGGUGUUCAGCUCUGCAGGAGACUGGUUCUGGUGGCUGCUACUGCCUGUCUGUCUGGGGGGAGCUACCAGUACGUUUCUCUACAGUGGCCUGGCUCCCCUGCUAGAUAAGUGGGACCUACCUGUGGCUGUGUUCCCCUUCAACAUGGUGAUCCUGCUCUACCUGGCCUGUACUGGCUCCUCUAACCCCUACUUCCCUCACCACCCUGCCACACCACUAGGGGAGCUAGAGAGCAACGCUACCCAGCUCAGCCUCACUCAGCUCCUGCAGGGGGUGCCGUUGGGUGUGGGUCAAAUCUAUGCAUGUGAGGACCUGGGCCCCUCUGUGUUGAUCCUGGGAGCGACGCUGCUCUACUCACCUCUACUGGGUUCACACGCCCUACUGGGCUCUGGGGCCGGCACACUCGCAGGUCUGUCAGUGUCAGUGCGUCACAGGGCCCUGUACUCCGGGCUGUCAGGGUUUAAUGGAGCUCUGGGUUGUAUGGCCGUGGGAGGACUGUUCUUUACGUUCACCUGGAGGACACACCUCUUCUCUAUCGCCAGCGCUUUUCUUUCUGCGUAUGCUGAUAUCGCUCUGAGCAAUUUACUUGGAACGGUGGGCCUCCCAGCAUGCAGUUGGGCAGCGACUCUGACCACCACUCUGAUGCUGCUGCUGACAGGGCGGAGCCUUUCUGCAUACCGCAUCCCUACUGGUCGAGUCAUGGCUCCGGAACAGAACAUCCGCUGUCAUAGCCAAUGGGCUGCCAGAGAGACCACAGACAGCACUGACGUGUAGACACACACACAACUGGCUUAACCCAUAAAAUGUCGAUAUCAAUAUUGUCCACAUGAUGACGCUCUGAGUCAGGCAGGUGUAAGCAAGUUUCCGCUCGGUAGCCUACAGAUCUAUGAUCAGCUUCCCCUCCCCUGAUCCUAACCUUAACCAUUAGUAUGAACAAUUAUGCAAAACUGACCUUGGAUCAGCAUCUAGGAGGAACUUCACCCUACACUGAAGAGGCCUCAGUAACAGUUGCCUUAACCUGCCUGGAUAAAUACUGAACCACAGGGACAAGCACAUACUUUGGGAGAAAGGAGGAGAUGUACAUAGCCUUUCUUGCUUCACUGGGCCUAUAAAGGGACCGAUUGAAGUCAAUGUCUUUGACUCAGUGUUGUAGGCUACAAUAGGCUACAUGCUGAUUAAAAGUCACUUUCUGUGUCUCUGUCUGUCAUUUUGCCUGUGUAGGCCCUACUACUAAGCUUUUCCAAUAAACAAUGUUUCCACUUUCA